GAUGCCAGGAGGGGGGGUCAGAGGAAGGGGGGGAUGUCUAAACAAAGAAAUAACCCUUUUUAAUAACAUUUUUUCAGCUUUUGACAGCCAGACUGUGACGUGCUUUCAGAUCUUCAGAUGAAAGGGCUGCAGUAGAAAUGAAAAUUAUUCCUUCCCUUUGUGCUAUUGACAGUCCAUCCUCCACCACGUAUUAUUAAGUGUAUCACCAGGCAGUGAUCAGGUUUUUAAGGAGUGUUUUCUAGAAACAGCCCUUUUUCUGCUCUUUGGUUAAAAUCUAACUUUUAAAGUUAAAGUUCACGUAUGAAAAUUCUUUUCUUACCUGAAUCUCCUUUUGCCCCAGCUGGUACUGCAGAGAUGCUAUGAUUUGCUUCUCAAUUCAUAAUCUCUAUUUUUUAAUUUUUAAAUUUUUUCAGUUGUGUGAGAGGCCAUGCCACCUUUUCUUAUCACUUAUAUGGAGGUUGUGCCUCGGGGAGCAGGGGAACAGGAGAGAACUCUUGCCAAAGAGGGUGGGAAGGUGCCAGUGGCCAGAUGGGGAGAACACGAGCUCUAGAUUUAUUGUCCUGCAUGACAAGCACAACAUUGUGCAGAUCAUCCACGUCAGCAUGGCCAGGAUUUUUGCAGUCAGGGUGACAGGAUGACCUGAGGGCGCUGCUCAUUAGGAUGAGAGGUGUUCCCUAUUAGACAAAAUAUUUGUAAAAACAGACACACACUGGGUCAUACAAACCUCUCAAAGAACCUGAGAGAUGUCAGGCAUCACCUCCUCUUACAGACCAAACUCAUGCUGGGAAGAGUCAUUUUUUUGCCAACCUUUGCUGCAAGAUUUCUAGGUGCCCCUAAACAAUCCAGCAGCUGAUGUCUGCAAAGAGAAUUUCUCCAAGAGGCAGGUUUAAAAUACAAUCUACACGAUCUGUUCUGAAGGGUGGAUGAGGGAAAAGGAAGGGACAGCAGAGCCUGGCAGUGGCUGUGGCUUCAUUUCCCUCCUGCUCCCGGGUGGUCGCUCGUGGCCAGAGCUGUUGUUUGGGUGUGUGUGAGGAACUGGGGCUGGAGAGAAGGAUGUCCUCUUUGUUCUCCCAGCCAAGAGCAUGGCUAGCGUAUAAAGAACUGGAGGAAGGUGUCUUGUUUUGUAGAUGUCAGAUCCAGGAGUGGAGCUCAGCUAAUCGUGCUGGGCCCUUGGCAGCCGGGAUGGGGAGCACCUGACGGGGAUGAAUUAGCUCAGACAUCACACGAGGUGUCAGAGCACUGGGCUGACACAGCAGGCAUGGAAUGCCCUCCGAGACCACCAUGAUGCUUCUCCAGAAACUUCAAAAGGAUGUCAGCCAGGACACAUUGGUUAUUCAUAUCAUCUGUGCUGAGAGGUUUGGCUGCCUCUAAUGCAGCAAGUGUCUACUCAGAGUCCUGGUGUGCAUGUGGCUUUCAGCAGCAGUGAAGGUGACAGCGACAGCGGCUCUCGCCAGAGCAGGUUUUUCAUUCUCCAGGACAUUAAAGAAAUCACGGUUUGUACCGUGAUUAAAUGAUUUGUCAGCUCACACUGGCCAGCAGAUAAAGCGCGAUUUCCUUGCUGGGCAAGGCCUGUAUUCUGCAGGCUGGGAUUUACAGAAGCCAUAAGGAAAUGGAUGCUCAACUUUCACUAAAAUUCAGUGAGAAUCAGAUGCAGAGCUGCCUCCAGUUUGUUCCAUUUUCCAUUGGUGAUCCAUCUGUCAAGCAGCCUGUCCCUUUGCUUGAGGGUUAGGCACCAGUUUUAGCUGUAUGACCUUGUCCUGGGGCAAAAAGUGCAUAGCAGCACAUGGAAUUGCAUGGGGAGCACUUUGCAAAGUCCACGUGGGAGUGCUCGAGACUAAAAUCCCACUUCAAAUACAAUCCUGAACACGUUUCAUGAACUGGCAACUCAGUUUAGGGAUUGAGUCAGAAAUGAGACCUGGACCAUGUCUGUCUCUGUUAUUCUUUAUUAACAACCUUGUGAUCUCUUCUGGUGCAAGACUUGCAGAAAUAUUUGAACAAAUGGGGUAAGUGUUAGAAAUGCCUUAAAGCUGAAUGGUUUUCCGUAACAAGGAAAAAGCCUUUCCUGCUGCUUGCUUACUUCUGAUUUAUUCCCCAGUAAAAAGGGGUGAUGUUUGCCCUUUGUGAGCUCAACGUUCCCUAGAAAACCCAUGAAACUUCAGUGAAGUGUCUGAUGUGUUAUUGUCAUUCCCUCACAAAGCAGCUGGGAUAGCAUGGGAAAAACAAUCCCUCCACUUUGGGGGAAUCAGAAGGGUGGAAGAGGCUGAUCUCUCAUCUGACAAAUAAAUUAGCAUCAAAACUGUGAUGUUUAGAGAAUAAAUUGCUGUUUCCUCCAUUACUGGCAUUUCAUAGCUUGCAACCACUGAAAGCACAGUCACUGAUCUAUCCAUUAAACCGAGCUCUUCUGGGAGUGGGAAGGAAAACAAAUGCUGAGAUGACAUUUAUUAGGUGUGCUUGUUCAGGCAGUCCAUUACUGCUUUGGCUCCUCGCUCUACGUGCUGAGGGGCUGGUCCUGCAUGGAAGUCAAUGGAUGUCUUUCCACUCCCCUGGCUCACUUCUUUGAAAAGGAACAUGCACAGACUGAGGAGGAAGAGGAAAUACUGGGGCUAAUUGAAAAGAAUGAGUUUCAGGAGGAGCUGUACAGCCCAGCCAGGUGCUUGUAAUUGUACACGAGUUAUUGUGUUAUAGCUGAGGAAAGAUCAGGCAGUGGGAAAUGCUGCCUGGUGCAAAGGGAUACUGGCUGCUAAAAUGGCAUUUUUACUCAUGUAGUUUUAUUGCUGUCUCUUUUGUUGGAAUCUCUGCUUCUCUGGUGUCUCACUACUUUGAUACUAAAAUAUCCCUGUGAUACAAGCACUGACACCAGAACCUUCCACCUGCAGGGAGCUCCAUUUAUCUUCGUGCUCUUGGUGAAUCAUCAUAUAGUGGAACUUACUAUGGAGCUACAAUCUGGAGUUCAGAUUCCACAGCAAUCUUGGAGUAAUUUAAAAAAUAUAAAGCAAAGGGAUGGAAUGAGCUUGGUGGUGUUGAUGCCCCUUUUGACAACAUCUUGAGUUUCUUACAUGAUCCAACUUCAGCAGCCUUCAGGCAGUGGAGGGAUGGAGGAAAUGCAGAAUUUAACAUUGAAUAGAUCCUAAAAGAACACAUAUUUAUUUUAUCUACCUCUGUUUCCAGUUGAGCUGAAACUCAGCAGGCAUCUUUGCCCCAGUCUUCUGCUUGAGGGAGUUAAGCUUUCUACAGCCCUGUGUAUUUGCCAUAGCCUGGAAAUAACAGCAGCUUUCUUCAUUUCUGGUGGCAUUUCCUUCAGAAUCACACUGGGACCCUGGAAAACGAUUGUUAUACAUCAGAGCAAGCUCAGCAGCUUGGGUGAAGUGUGAUGGUCUGUUCUCUGAGGAUGCAGCACAUCAGCAGUGUCACACCUUUGCUGGGCGGUGUAGCUGCUGUUAAUCCCUUACACUGUUCCUUCUUCUUUUAGGGAACAAAAGCACCAGGAAAAAAAAGGAUCUCCAGCUUGCUUUGGCCUGGCUCUCCAAUUUCUGCUGCAGAUUACCAAGGCCAAGCAGACCUAAGACUCUCUCAGCCUCCAAAGGAAACCGGGUACCACAAUGGGACUCCCCAGCCAGGUCUUGGCCUGUGCCGUCCUCGCUUUGCUGUCCCAGCACGUCACUGGGGGACUCAUCAAGAGAAUGAUCCGGCAGAAGAGGGAGACAGGGCUGAACGUGACCUUGCCAGAGGAUAACCAGCCUGUGGUUUUUAACCAUGUCUACAACAUCAAGCUGCCUGUUGGCUCCCUCUGCUCUGUGGACCUGGACACGGCGAGUGGCGACGCCGACCUGAAGGCAGAAAUUGAGCCCGUCAAGAAUUACGAGGAGCACACGGUGAAUGAGGGGAACCAGAUUGUCUUCACUCACAGGAUUAACAUUCCCCGCCGGGCUUGUGGCUGUGCAGCUGCCCCAGACAUUAAGGAUCUGCUGAGCAGACUAGAGGAGCUGGAGGGGCUGGUCUCCUCCCUGCGGGAGCAGUGUGCCAGCGGGGCUGGAUGCUGUCCUAAUUCCCAGGCAGCAGAAGGUCGCCUGGACACCACACCCUACUGCAGCGGGCACGGCAACUACAGCAUCGAGAUCUGCGGCUGCGUCUGCGAGCCCGGCUGGAAGGGCCCCAACUGCAGCCAGGCCUCGUGUCCCUCCGACUGCAACGACCAGGGCAAGUGCGUGGACGGGCUGUGCGUGUGCUUCGAGGGCUACACGGGCCCGGACUGCGGCCAGGAGCUCUGCGGCCGGGGCUGCGGCGCCCACGGGCGCUGCGUGGGCGGGCAGUGCCUGUGCCACGAGGGCUUUGUGGGCGACGACUGCAGCGUGCCCCUGUGCCCCCACAACUGCCACGGCCGCGGGCGCUGCGUGGACAGCGAGUGCGUGUGCGACGAGGGCUACACCGGUGAGGACUGCAGCGAGCUCAUCUGCCCCAACGACUGCUUCGACCGCGGGCGCUGCGUGAACGGCACGUGCUUCUGCGAGGAGGGCUUCACCGGCGAGGACUGCGGGGAGCCCACCUGCCCCAACGACUGCCACGGCAACGGGCGCUGCGAGAACGGGCUGUGCGUGUGCCACGAGGGCUUUGUGGGCGACGACUGCAGCCCCAACGACUGCCACAGCCGCGGGCGCUGCGUGGGCGGGCGCUGCGUGUGCCACGAGGGCUACCUGGGCGAGGACUGUGCGGAGCUGCGGUGCCCCAACGACUGCCACGACCGCGGGCGCUGCGAGAACGGGCAGUGCGUGUGCCACGAGGGGUUCAUCGGGGAGGACUGCGGCCAGCUGCGGUGCCCCAGCGACUGCCACAGCCGCGGGCUGUGCGUCAACGGGCAGUGCGUGUGCGACGAGGCCUACACGGGCGAGGACUGCGGCGAGCUGCGGUGUCCCAACGACUGCCGCAGCCGCGGGCGCUGCGUGGAAGGGCGCUGCCAGUGUGACAACGGCUUCACUGGGGACGACUGCGGCGAGCUGGCCUGCCCCAACGACUGCCACGGGCGUGGGCGCUGCGUGGACGGGCGCUGCGUGUGCCACGAGGGCUUCGUGGGUGAGGACUGCCGGGAGCGCUCCUGCCCCAACGACUGCAACAACGCGGGGCGCUGCGUGGACGGGCGCUGCGUCUGCGAGGACGGCUACAUCGGGGACGACUGCUCCGACGUGUCUCCUCCAACUGAGCUGACUGUGACCAACGUGACAGACAAAACUGUCAAUCUGGAGUGGAAGCACGAGAACCUGGUCAACGAGUACCUCAUCACCUACGUGCCCACCAGCAGUGGGGGCUUGGACAUGCAGUUCACUGUGCCAGGAAACCACACAGCCGCCACCAUCCACGAGCUGGAGCCGGGUGUGGAGUACUUCAUCCGUGUCUUUGCCAUCCUUAAAAACAGGAAGAGUAUUCCAGUCAGCGCCAGGGUAGCCACAUAUCUGCCUGCUCCUGAAGGUCUGAGAUUCAAAUCUGUUCGGGAAACAUCCGUGCAGGUGGAGUGGGACCCUCUGAACUUUUCUUUUGAUGGCUGGGAGCUGGUCUUCCGUAAUAUGAAAAAGGAUGAUAAUGGUGACAUAACCAGCAGCUUGAAAAGGCCAGAGACGUCCUACACGCAGCCAGGUUUGGCCCCUGGGCAACAGUACAACGUGUCCAUCCAUGUAGUGAAGAACAACACCAGAGGACCAGGACUGUCCAAAGUCAUCACCACAAAGCUUGAUGCCCCCAGCCAGGUGGAGGCCAAAGACGUCACCGACACCACGGCUCUCAUCACCUGGUCCAAGCCCUUGGCUGAAGUUGAGGGCGUGGAGCUCACGUACGGCCCCAAGGACAUUCCAGGGGACAGGACAACCAUCGACCUGUCUGAAGAUGAGAGCCAAUACUCCAUUGGCAACCUGAGGCCACACACAGAGUACGAGGUGACGCUGGUCUCUCGUCGAGGGGACAUGGAGAGCGACCCUGUGAAGGAAGUCUUUGUCACAGACCUGGAUGCUCCAAGGAACCUGAAGCGGGUGUCCCAGACUGACAACAGCAUCACCCUGGAGUGGAAGAACAGCCACGCCGAUGUCGAUAAUUACCGAAUUAAGUUUGCCCCCAUCUCUGGUGGGGACCACGUGGAGAUCACGGUGCCCAAGGGCAGCCAGGCCACAACCAGAGCUACACUCACAGGUUUGAGGCCUGGAACUGAAUAUGGCAUUGGAGUGACAGCAGUGAGGAAUGACAGGGAAAGUGCUCCUGCUACCAUCAAUGCUGGCACUGAUCUUGAUAACCCCAAGGACUUGGAAGUCAGCGAGCCCACCGAGACCACCCUGUCCCUUCGCUGGAGAAGGCCCGUGGCCAAGUUUGACCGCUACCGCCUGGUGUACACCGCUGCUGGGGGGAAGAGGAGCGAGGUGGAGAUCCCCGUGGACAGCACCUCCUUCCUGCUGCGGGGGCUGGAUCCAGGCACCGAGUACAGCAUCAGCCUGCUGGCAGAGAAGGGCAGGCACAAAAGCAAACCCACCACCGUCAAGGGUUCCACGGAGGAACCUGAGCUGGGGCAGCUCUCAGUCUCCAAGCCUGGCUGGGAUGGUUUCCAGCUCACCUGGACAGCAGCUGAUGGGGCCUAUGAGAGCUUUGUCAUUCAGGUGCAGGAGGCUGGCAGCCCCGAAGAGCCCCGGAAUGUCACGGUCCCGGGGACCCUGAGCUCUGUGAAUGUCACCGGCCUCAAGGCCAGCACUCCUUACACCAUCACCCUGCAGGGGCUCGCUCGGGGCUACAGGACCAAGCCCCUUUCUCUUGAGACCACCACAGGAGAGCAGCCCGGCGUUGCUGAGCUAACGGUUUCCGACAUUACCCCCGAAAGCUUCAACCUGUCCUGGACAGCCUCCAACGGGGACUUCGACGUCUUUACCAUUGAAAUUAUUGAUUCUAACAGGUUGCUGGAGCCCAUGGAGUUCAACCUGUCAGGCAGCUCAAGGACUGCUCAUAUCUCAGGGCUUUCUCCCAGCACUGAUUUCAUUGUCUACCUCUCCGGGAUCUCUCGCGGGUUCCGCACACAGGCGAUCAGUGCUGCAGCUACCACAGAAGCAGAACCCGAGGUCGACAACCUUCUGGUUUCGGACGCAACUCCAGAUGGAUUCCGUCUCUCCUGGACUGCAGACGAGGGGGUUUUCAACAGCUUUGUUCUAAAAAUCAGGGACACCAGAAGGAAAUCUGACCCCCUGGAGCUGAUAGUGCCAGGCCACGAGCGCACCCAGGAUGUAACAGGGCUGAAAGAGGGCACUGAAUAUGAGAUUGAGCUCUAUGGAAUUGGCAGUGGACAACGUUCCCAGCCCAUAAACACAGUAGCAUCCACAGUGGUUGGCUCUCCCAAGGGAAUUUCCUUCUCUGACAUCACGGAAAAUUCUGCCACAGUCAGCUGGACCCCCCCCCACUCCCGCGUGGAAACCUUCCGGAUCUCCUACGUCCCCACCACGGGAGGUACUCCAAAUGUUGUGACAGUGGAGGGGACCAAGACAAGGACCAAGCUGGUGAAGCUGGUGCCAGGUGUGGAUUACAAUGUCAGCAUCGUCUCUGUGAAAGGCUUUGAAGAAAGCGAGCCCAUCUCUGGCAUCCUGAAAACAGCCCUGGACAGCCCAUCAGGCCUGGUGGUGGUGAACAUCACAGACUCUGAGGCUCUGGCAACCUGGCAGCCAGCGAUUGCUGCUGUGGAUAACUACGUGGUGUCCUACUCCUCCGAGGAAGAGCCAGAGGUGACCCAGCUGGUGUCGGGGAACACGGUGGAGUACGACCUGAAGGGGCUGCAGCCCGCCACGGAGUACGCGCUGCGCAUCCACGCGCAGAAGGACGCGCAGAGGAGCGAGACCCUCUCCACUCGCUUCACCACAGGGCUGGAUGCUCCAAGGGAUUUGAGUGCCACUGAGGUGCAGUCAGAGGCUGCUGUGAUAAGCUGGAGGCCUCCCCGUGCUCCAGUCACUGAAUAUCUCCUGAUCUAUGAAUCCAUCGAUGGCACAGUCAAGGAACUUGUCCUGAAACCCGAGACAACUUCCUACAGCCUGGCAGACCUGAGCCCCUCCACGCAGUACACGGUGAAACUGCAGGCCCUGAGUGGGGCCCUGAGGAGCAAAACCAUCCAGACCAUUUUCACCACCACUGGGCUCCUCUAUCCCUACCCCAAGGACUGCUCCCAGGCCCUGCUGAAUGGAGAAGCCACCUCUGGGCUCUACACAAUCUACCUGAACGGGGACAGGGCUCAGCCUCUGCAAGUGUUCUGUGACAUGGGCGAGGACGGGGGCGGCUGGAUGGUGUUCCUGAGGCGUCAGAACGGAAAGCAAGAUUUCUACAAGAACUGGAAUACUUAUGUGGCAGGGUUUGGAGAUCCUAAGGAUGAAUUUUGGAUAGGUCUGGAGAACCUGCACAAAAUCACCUCUCAGGGCCAGUACGAGCUGCGGGUGGACCUGAGGGACAAGGGGGACACGGCCCACGCGGUGUACGAGCGCUUCAGCGUGGGCGACGCCAAGAGCCGCUACCGCCUGCGCGUGGACGGCUACAGCGGCACUGCAGGUGACUCCAUGACCUACCACAAUGGCAGGUCCUUCUCCACCUUUGACAAGGACCACGACUCUGCCAUCACCAACUGUGCUCUGUCAUACAAAGGAGCUUUCUGGUACAAGAACUGUCACCGAGUCAACCUGAUGGGCAGAUAUGGAGACAACAGCCACAGUCAGGGCGUCAACUGGUUCCACUGGAAGGGCCACGAGUAUUCCAUCGAGUUUGCAGAGAUGAAGCUGAGGCCCUCCAGCUUCAGGAACCUGGAGGGGCGGCGGAAGCGAGCGUAGGGCAGGGCUGGGGAGGGCACGGGGUGGGCACAGACAGCCUGGGGCACCUGGGGCUGGCACUGGCACCCGAGCAGCGCUGACCCGCGCCCCGCCGGGGCUCUGCAGCACCCCCAGCACAGCGGCCUUAAACAUCCCAGAGCUUCCAGCACAGCAGCUCCAGCUGCCCACCAGGAACGUCCUCCACACCAAAGACAACGAUCUCAAGGGUUCUGUGUUG